AUGUUCCCCCGCCAAUCCGCUCGAACUGGGGUUCCGUCUCGUAAUGCAUUACGUGUUCUCCGACAGCUAGCUUUGGCUGGGUCAGCCAUUGGAGCCAUUGGGGGGUUCUGUGCCGUCGGAACUAUUACCUACGACCUCCAUCGCCGGGUUCGGUUUGCCGAACGCAUUGUCGAAUCCAAGCGAAGUCUCCAGACGUCAUGUCCAAAUUACAAUGCUGGCACUGGAGCUGCGACUGUAGCCCAAAUGAUGGAGGCUGCGGAAGCUGGCGAGUUCCUUGGUCUGGCAUCCUUUAAGAAGAGAAGCGAGCGCCAAAGGCAUCAACUUGCCAAUAGCCCAGAAGCGAACAUGGAUCGUGCAGAUGGUGCAAACCCUCGGGAAUCUCACACGACGGGAGUCAGUGAUAAUAGCAUUGGUGUGGCCAACGAAUCUUUCGAGGCCGCCGGUCAAACUCCACGUGAGGCCUUAAAACCCCCCGUUCGCUCGUCAGCGAUCAGCCAACCUCAAGGCAUUGCUCAAGUGCCCCCUCAGCCAUCAUUUUUCUUAAAUAAAUAUAAACCUAAAUUGAAGAGCCGCAAAGAAGUGCGUACGGAUCUGGCCUAUCCCAUGAGUGUCCCGCCAGAAUUUCGAGAAAAGUACCAAGAUUUACCGCCGAAUGACCCUUCUCUUGCCGUGCAGAGACUUUUGGAUCACCACAUGCUUGAUGAAGCUACUCUAAGAUUUUUACGUGAUGCGAAUGCAACUUCGAAAGCCAACGAGGAAGCCAGGAAUGACAUUGCUGUCCAUCUUUUGUACACAAGUUUGCAUAGAAACAGGAUCCACCUCGCACAGAAGCUCUUCUACUGGUUCGAAGCAAACCAAAAGCUCACUCCCCCGUUAUGGGAGAUCAUGCUGUUGGCGAUGUGGAAAAAUGGGAGGUUUGAGUCGUUAGCGACUUUAUACCUAAAAUAUGCUAAAGAGUUUGAACUCACUCCGGUAUUGUUGAGGGUUGUACUUAAGUCUCUUAUCAGUUCACACCGAUUAUCCGAGGCUAAGACCGUGUUAUUCAAAUACGUCGGAAAUGAUACGGACUGCGGCGCAUGCGGAAUAUAUCUUGGUGGGCUGUGGAGCAGAACUCGAAGUAUCGUCCUCAUGGAAACGCAAUUUCGAAAAUUGCUGGACACUUUGGCAUCUUGUCGAAUCUCCCCUACGGAGAAGCUUUUCGACCCCUUACUGGGCGCAUAUGUCGAGUUUGGAAUGUCCGACAAGGCUGAUAUGCUCGUUAAGACUAUGCAAGACACCUACAAUAUCCCGCUCAAAACGCGAACGCUAGGACUCGUUGCGUACGGAAAGGCAGUGAACUGCGAUUGGGAUGGGGUAAGAAACACCUUGGCACGGAUGCAUGAACUUGGGCUGUCAGCAAAAGAUCCAUUUAGAUUCACGCAGAUGUUCCACCGUGUUUUCCUCGAGUUUUGGAUUGCAAAUUCGGGGAAUGCAAUUCACCAGUUCGUUUUCGAUGCCAUCAAUACCUAUGGGCUGGUACCUGACAAACUGCUUUUCGAUCAAAUCAUCAAAGCCAUUAUACAGAAAGGGACUGUGGAAAUGGUAGAGGAAAUUUUACAAACGGUGAAAGAGAAGGGUUGGAAGCUCAAACUGGAACGACCGUACUUCAUGGAACUGCUCCAGGAAGCGCGUCUAUCUGCAAAAUGUAGCCCCACUGGUUUAUGGAGAAUGUUCCGUGCGACUGAACAGAAGUAUGGCUACGCAGCCACAUCCCGCCAAGUGCUGGGAUAUGAUGCAACUUCGUUCCCACUCAAUGAAUCGGAAAAGAAGCCUAAUUCACAAGAAACCGCAGCUAUGUGGCGACGAGCCAUGUCGAUGCCGGAGUCUUCAAGACAUAUAAGACAGUUUACACCGCUACAUACACAGAUGAUGUAUUUCAUAAAUGCCGGAAAACCGGAAUUAUCCCUAACUUCCUUCCAAGAUGCCAAAAAAUCCGGUAUGGUCAUGAAACAUCUACACCUAGAUUUGGCCGUGACUGCUAGUAUUCUUCUCCACGGAGAUACACGGGAUGCGAAAACAAUUUUGCAGGAAUUCGAGACACUGCAGCUCCCGAGCAAACCUGUUACCUCCCAAUUCUUCCAGGCGGUUAUGCAAGCAAGCGAAAUGGGUGAGAUAGAAGCCGUAAAGAUGGCAGUCUUGAAUUUCUACAACAUCCGACAACAGAAACUCCUGCCUGUUAAGCACCACGCAGCGUCUACCGUUGCAGCUCGACUCCUGGAUAUCGGCAAUAACGCUGCAGUCCUUGAUAUGUUCCGGGCAAUCAACCAAUCCAAAUACACCGCGUUCGCACCAUUCGAUCCCGUUGCGAUAAAAUUCAUUGCCAGAGCAUUUUAUCGCUCGGGAAACUUCAAGGGCGUUAGGUGGGCGAUAUUUACGGGGCUCAAACGCCCAUCAGCAGUCAACCGCGAUCUUUGUGAUGAGAUCAGUUUCAUCGUUUCAAGAUCCAAGAAUAUCUAUCCCCUGCCAAGCAACUAUACGAGAGAAAGCUUCAAUCGGGAGAUGGCGCAUAUCUCGAAAUUGGCACGGAUUCUACGUCACACAUUCAAGGCUAGAAAAUUCGGACCUGAUCGCUUUAUUUCGUUCCCGGAGGCCAUAGAAAUGUUGAAGGGCCAGGCCAGGACGCCUGGUUCGAACACUGGCUCCGGUAACGGCCUGGAGAAGGGUCCACAGCUUAAAGGUUACAAAUUUGAGGAUUUACGGUACACGGAUUAUAUUGUCAGGAACUGGAAGGAGCGUGCGGAGUUGGAGAAAUGUUUCUCGCCAGAUGCGGCCGAGGAACGGGAUUGGAGUGAAAGUGGCGUAUUUGCAGACGGAGCCGAGGAUCCCUUCGAGGAACCAACUAUGGAGGAAUCCGCGCGGCUUCGUGUCGUAUGAUCCACCGAGAUGUCCUUUCCUGUUUCUGUAUAUAGUAAAGUUACUACCCUGGGCGUUUAGAACGGUCAUUUUCAUUUUCAUAUUUUUUUUU